AUCAACGCAAAUUGAAACGAAAACCACGCAAAAUGAGCUUCCUUGCCAAUAAUGGUGACUCGGACUCGGAGGACAAUGACUCCUUCCACUCCUUCUACCAGAGCGAGACGUCCUUGGACAACCUGAGUCUCUCGCUCUCGGAGAGCGACGCCGACAGCGCCGCGGACUUUGAGUCGGGAUCGGAGCACGAGACUUCGUUGGAGAAUGUGGAGAAUACGAUCGAGGAACCCGAGCAGCGGAACCAGGCCGCAGGGGAGACUUCCAAGCCCGCCUUUUCGGGGGUUAUCCUGAAGCAAAAGUCGCCCGAAUCGGAGAUCCAUUCCAGCGACUCAUCCGCCUGCGAUGGCGUCUCCACCGGCAAGGCCACCCAGAUGACAAGUCGCUUCAAGACCUCCAAGAAGUUCACCAUCUCGCCGCUAAGUCAGCAGCUGCCGGAGCCCGUCUUCUGUUGCCCUCGGGACGUGCCGAAACUCUCCUCCAAUGAGGUUCCCAGCCACGACGCCUUCAACUUGGACCAGCCAGCAUCGGCGCUAAAGGAGCACCUGACCACCAAUCGCCAAGCGGAGGCCAUGCAGAAGUACGCCUUCACCCAGAUAUGGGUUGGCUCGCAGCAAAAGCCAAGCCAACCCAAGGCUUCUCGCUUGCGCGAGUUCUCCGUGGCCCUAGAGGACUAUUUCGACAAGGAUUCCUCUAAUGGGAAGGGUGAUUCGGAGGCUGUCAAGAAGAACUUGGAGCCCGAGCCAUCUAAGACCGUUGUGGCUCCUCCGAAAAGUGUGAAGGAGGAGAAGUAUGUCUCCCCCUUUCCGAGUGUGCCAGAGCAGCCAGCUUCGAAUGUAUCGCCUCUGUUAAAGGGAGUUAAAAGACCUAUUAUUGUGCCGGCUGGCUUUGAUUUGAGCCGAUUGGUGGAGAUCAAGAAUCCCAACCACUGGCACCGCCGUCCCCACAUGCGCACUGGCGAUCGCAUCUACUAGACGUUAAUCAACUAUACUUUGAUCAUCUUGAACAACUACUAUUAUUUCUUUAUCAUGAUCUAUACUCAACUGAUAUUAUUUCAUCACGAUCAUCACCUACGCUGGCCGAUUUAACUUAGUAUAUUAGGUGCUAUCCUUCUGGAAUCGAUCG